CAUAAAAAGGAAAAUUGGAGCUCUCUCGCCAUCUGGUGACAGUGAACACCUACUACGACGUCCUUCAGUCGGCGCUAUCUUGUGAGGGCAGCGACAGCUGAGGACACUUGAUUCAACAUGGCAAUCAGGUGGGGAAUCUGCAGCGCAGGGAGGAUCAGUCAUGACUUCACUGUGGCUCUGAAAUCUCGUCCUGCAGAAGACCAUCAGGUUGUGGCUGUUGCAGCUCGUAAAUUGGAGGAUGCUCAGGAAUUUUCCAGAACACACAAUAUCUCUAAGGCUUAUGGCAGCUACGAGGAGCUGGCCAGAGAUCCAGACAUAGAUGUUGUGUAUGUUGGAGUCAUCCACCCGUACCAUCUGAAGGCCUGUAAACUUUUCACAAAUUCUAAAAAGAAUGUUCUGUGUGAGAAGCCGCUGGCCAUGAACAUCAGGGAAGUGAGAGAGAUUCUGGACUCCGCCAAAAAGAAUGACGUCUUCCUCAUGGAGGCUGUGUGGACUCGUUUCUUCCAGGCCUGUGUGGAGAUCAGAAGGCUUUUGGCUCAGGAGUACAUAGGGGAGGUGAAGAUGGUCCGUGCAGACUAUGGUGUGCCGUUGUUGCACGUACCAAGUUCGGUUCAGAAGGAACUCGGUGGAGCAAUACUAGAUCUUGGUAUCUAUUGCCUCCAAUUCAUAAAUGUGGUGUACAAUGGAGAGAAGCCAGAGAGUAUCCAAGCCAGCGGAGUCUGCCUGGACAAUGGAGUGGAGGAGACUGUGACUGUCAUUCUCAAGUAUUCUAAAAACAGAAUGGCAACGUUCACCUGCUCUGCUGUGGUUAAACUGCCCAAUGAUGCCGUUAUUGUUGGGACAGAAGGCAAAAUCCAGGUCCUUUCACCUAUGUGGUGCCCCACAUCACUGCUUGUUGUUAGGAAGGAGACCCAGAGUCCGGAACCUGAAUCCUUCUAUCCUCUCAACUUUACCAACAGCCCAGGGAGGCGUUAUGAAGCAGAGGAGGUCCGCUACUGUUUGCUCAAGGGGCUGAAGGAGAGUCCAAUCAUACCCCUUGCUUACACUCUGCUGCUGGCUGAAAUGGAGGAUGAGAUUCGGCGGCAGGUGGGAGUGGUGUACAGCGAGGACUGCCAGAGCAACGUGGCAACCAGGUGGGGAAUCUGCAGCGUGGGGAAGAUCAGUCAUGACUUUACUGUGGCUCUGAAAACUCUUCCUGCAGAAGACCAUCAGGUUGUGGCUGUUGCAGCUCGUAAAUUGGAGGACGCUCAGGAAUUUUCCACAAAACACAACAUCUCUAAGGCUUAUGGCAGCUAUGAGGAGCUGGCCAGAGAUCCAGACAUAGAUGUUGUGUAUGUUGGAGUCAUCCACCCGUACCAUCUGAAGGCCUGUAAACUUUUCACAAAUGCUAAAAAGAAUGUUCUGUGUGAGAAGCCGCUGGCCAUGAACACCAAGGAAGUGAGAGAGAUUCUGGACUCUGCCAAAAAGAAUGACGUCUUCCUCAUGGAGGCUGUGUGGACCCGUUUUUUCCCGGUCUCUGUGGAGAUCAGAAAGCUGCUGGCUCAGGAGUACAUAGGGGAGGUGAAGAUGGUCCGUGCGGACUUUGGUGUGCCGCUGUUGCAUGUGCCAAGAUUGGUUCAGAAGGAACUCGGUGGAGGAGCAUUACUAGAUCUUGGUAUCUAUUGCCUCCAAUUCAUAAAUAUGGUGUACAAAGGAGAGAAGCCGGAGAGUAUCCAAGCCAGCGGAGUCUGCCUGGAGACGGGAGUGGAUGAGACUGUGACUGUCAUCCUCAAGUAUUCUAAAAACAGAAUGGCGAUGUUUACCUGCUCUACUAGGGUCCAGCUUCCCAAUGAUGCCGUUAUUGGUGGGACUGAAGGCACAAUCCAGGUCCUUUCACCUAUGUGGUGCCCCACAUCACUGUUUGUUAAUGGGAAGGAGACCCAGUAUCCGGUACCUGAACCCUCCUUGCCUCUCAACUUUACCAACAGCACAGGGAUGUGUUACGAAGCAGAGGAGGUCCGCCAAUGUCUGCUCAAGGGGCUGAAGGAGAGUCCAGUCAUGCCUCAUGCUGACUCUCUGCUGCUGGCUGAAAUGGAGGAUGAGAUCCGCCGGCAGGUGGGAGUGGUGUACAGCCAGGACUGCCAGUAAAAGUUCGACUUAUUCAUGCUGUGAUUAAAUGCAAUCAGUUUACAAUGGAGACUAACUUACUGUUCAAGAAUAGUUCAUUUCAUGUGUUUAUAUUUUUGUAGGAAAACACUGCUUGACCUCCAACUUUGAUAACUUAACUUUUGAAAUCUAAACCACUCGUGAUGACCUCUCAACCACAUGAGAGGUUAGGAAGCUGUUAUCUUUUCAUAUUUGCAUGUUGCACACCAGCUCUGUAUACAGAUGUAUUGAGACUCACCGACCAUUGUCAACAAUGAAAUGAAACAUCUUUGACAACUGAAAUAAAUACUGUAGCCAAUUUCUAAAACAUGGCAAAUCUGUGUCUUUAACCCAAUUUUUAAAUAAGUUUGUUCAGCAGCAUACAUAUAGGAGUUCAUCUUGAAUGUGUUAAAAUUUGUUUGUGUAAAAGUGGACUUGGAGACUUUUUUUUAUUUUUUUUUUUUGUUUAUGAAUUGUAUAAGCAGCAAGUUAUCAUUUCUGAACAUUUUGGGGUUUUUUUAAAUUGGUAAUUAAGAGGAAAAUAUAAACAAACCUGGUCUUAAGUAAAAAAAAUAAAAUGGUUGUGCCACAGGUGGUUGCAGAACAUGACAAUGAGUUGUUGCAUCACGAGGCUUUGCAGAGUUAAAGAUGUGGCUCCCAAAGGGUCCUGGCCAGAGCUCC